ACACACCGACAAAAUAAUCAUGGAGGCAGUUCCACGGAUGUCCAUGAUUUCUUUCGAAUUAAAGCAUAGUCCAGAAUAUGUAGAGUUCGGUCCAACGUUAAAAAAGUAUAUCAGAGACCAUUAUGGGGAGGAUCCUGCACAAUAUAACAAGAGCUGUACUGAACUGGAGGCCAUGAGACAGACAGCAGUGCAGGUGUCACAUGACUUCAUGGGAUGCAGCACCCUGAAGAAGUACUACUCCCAGUUGCAGUUUCUCCAGGCAAGAUUCCCAAUGACAGAGGGUGGAGAGGCUGCUAUACCCUUCACAUGGGAGGAGGUGCAUUCUGGUCGUGAGUACUCCCUGAAUGAUAUUAAGUUUGAGCAGGCUAGCAUUCUCUACAACAUUGGGGCCCUUCACUCCAUCCUAGGAGCAAUGGACACCCGCCAGAGUGCAGAUGGUAUGAAGGUUUCAUGCACCCAUUUCCAGUGCGCGUCAUGGGCAUUCGAGCACCUCAGAGACCAUUUCGGGAGUGCAGGCAUGAGUCUCGACAUGGCGCACGAGAUUCUCACGUUUCAGGUGUUCCUCAUGCUGGCCCAGGCCCAGGAGUGUAUACUGGAGAAGUCAAUGACGGACAGCAGAAAGAGCACCAUCACAGCCAAGGUGGCUGCACAGAUUGUUGACUUCUACAAUACCACACUCAAACACCUAGACUCCUGUAACAGCCUCGAGCUCAUCAGCUCCAAGAGAUAUAAGGAAUGGAAGAGGCGUAUUGACGUGAAGGUGCUGUUCUACACGUGUAUCACCCACUACUACAUGGGCCGUCAGUCUGAGGAGCAACAGAAGUGGGGCCAGUGCCUGGCAUACUAUACCUUGGCCCUGAACAAGCUCACAGAGUGUGAGAAACUGGCAAAGAAUGAGUCCGAUGAUAUUCAGGAUGCCUUGAGAUUUACUCACGAUGUGGUAGGAGGAAAACACCAGGCGGCCAAGAAGGAUAAUGACUUCGUGUACCAUGAUAAAGUACCUGAACUGGACUCAUUGCCUGAAGUAAAAGGAGCCUCCCUCGUUAAAGGUAUCCCGUUUAAUCCAAGCGACCCAGAGGUGUCUGGGCCUGACAUCUUUAGCAAACUUGUCCCAAUGUCUGCCCAUGAGACAGCUUCACUUUACAGUGAGGAGAAAGCCACCUUGUUGAGACGUAUUGCCUCAGAGAUUGCUGAGAAAAAUGAAGAGCUCACCCAGUACCUGGCCUCCUUGCAGCUUGACCAAACGUCUCUGAACCCGGAACCAGAGCGGUUACCACAGCAACUGUUGGAGAAGUGUGCGGCGCUCAGUGUUCGGCCCACUGCCAUACGGGACCUCGUGGACUCCAUGACAGCUGUGUCCAAUGUGUCCACGGACGUGGAGCUGGGUAUUCAGGAGAUUCAGGAGAAACUACAGGAGGAGAGCAGGCUGGAGCUGGAAUAUCAGGAGGUGUUUGGGAAGCGGUCCCCCAAUGCUGCCCUAUCAGAGAUUGCCCAGGAGUGUGGCAGGCUGGAGGAGGGCCAUAGAAAGGGUAGCCAAUCCAAUCGGACCCUGCACGCGGCCAUGAACACACACAUCAACAACCUGAAGCUGCUCUCCAGUCCCCUGGAGGACCUCCAGAAACUACUGCCCUCAAUUGAUAAGGAGCGAGACCCAGAGAGCUCUGAUGUUAUCAAGCAGCUGAACUCUCUCCUGUCCAAGAUUGAGGAGAUGAGGACUCAACGACAGACCCUGGAGGAGCAGCUAAGGAAGUCAAUACUUGAGGACGACAUUACAGCUGUGCUGUGUAAAAAGGAAAGUUUCAACAAAGAGAGUCUAUUUUCGGAGCAACUUAAGAAACAUGAGAAGACUACGUCUCUGAUUCGCCAGAACCUUUCUGCACAGAACAACAUCCUGCGUGCAUUAACGGACGCCAAUGCUAAAUAUGCCUCCGUUAGAAGAGCCACUAGUGAAGCACUGGCUAAGCGAGAGCAGACAAUAAGAGACCUUAUCAAUUCAUAUGACGUUUACGAAGAUCUUCAGUCAAAGUCACAGAAAGGCUUGGAAUUCUACCGCAAGCUUGCAACUAACGUGGAGCGAUUGCGAAUGCGAUGUCUGAGUGUUUGCAAGGUACAGGAGGAAGAAAGGAAGAAGAUGUAUGACAAGAUCAAGCCAAAAGCUCCGGCUGUAAGCUCAGCCCCUCCCCCAGAGGGUGUGAGGAACCAGGCCCCUAGAUCCAGCCCCACCCCAGGGAGGUCUGAUACCCCGGACAGUGGAUACCCUGGUCUACCAGCCGACACGCACUUUCCACCCAUGGGCAAUGUGUUUGAUGGGCCAAAACUUAAGGAUUACCUGCCAUUUAUGAAGCCUAAAACGUUUGGCAAGAAGGAUGGUUCCCCUCCUGUGACUGGUGCUCAUCCCAGUGUACAGGACUAUCUUGCAGGGAGCCGGCUACAUGACUCACAGACUGGUUCCCUCCCUAGCAGUGGCACUGCCUCCCCAGUACACUUGCCACGGGGACCGGAGAGUGUUCCAGCUAGCCCAGAACAUUUCAGGCAAAGGUUUGAUGGCAGACUGGGACCAUCUGAUCCUCCAAGAGUGUUACCAAGACAACCAGGACCUGACCUCACACAAGGUCACAGUGACAUGUACCCCUACCCGAACCCAACAGCCAGGGGCCAGCAGGGAAUGAUCCCUGAUGAAAGAAGUGCAAAUUAUGGAGAUGAGUUCAACAACUAUCAGCAAUACAUGAACAAUCUUUCUAAAGGUCAAACUUUCAGAGAUCAAGGUAGCAUUCCAUCUGGUCAAUCUCAGCUGCCUCUAAAUCAAACUCGGCCACCAACAAGUUCAUCAGAAUACGUUCCUCUUGAUCAGAAGUGGAAGAAAGAAAACCAGAUGCAAUCAGCACAGUUUGCAGAGCAAACUCCGGCACAGUUUUUGCAAAGUCAAGGUCAAUACCUUGGAGAUCAAGGUCAAUAUUCGGUACAGUCAGUUGUGCCUCAGCAUUCCUUGAGACAUAAACAGGCCCACCCUUUACCAGCAAGAUCAGAUGCUGUUAAUUAUGCAGGGAAUGUCACGUUCCCUGAACAAGGUCAACCAAUGCAGCAAGGUCAAGGUUACAUUUACAGUGAUAGGUUUGGGCAGAAUGUUCCUUUGGCAGUCGAGAACGCAUAUAAUAAUAACUCCACUCAGCAACAAAUCGGUAGUAUUCCGUCCAAUAACGUGACUGCAUAUGGCUACAUGCCAGGCCAACAAGGAUCUUUGCCCAACCAGACUAACCAAAGGAACGAUACUAACACUUGGUCUCAAGUUGGAGGUCCAAUAACUGCUUCAGGCAAUGAUGGGAGAGUAUAUACUGCAAGUCCUAAUAUAAGUUUACAAGCAAAUCCUAGGGAUUCAAAUGGUCAGGUUGGCUCAAUGCAAACGUUACCACCACAACCUGCGCAUGUUUCCCAAGCUUACCCAGGAAGCACUGCCCAAGCCAUCCCUAGCUCUGGCAGUACACCUUUUCAACCAGCUGCAUUGAGCAACGUUCAGCAGCCAGGUCAACAGUCGGCAUGGCAACAACCAAUGUAUCAUGGUCAAGGUCAAAAUAUUAAUCAAACCCAAAUACAUCAUCAGAAUCAUCAGAAUGUUCCUCAACAGCUGCCAAUGCAAGGUGCACAGUUUCCAAACCCUAUUUACUCUAGUCAAAGUGUGGGCCCAGCUCCCGGCAACCAACCACACUAUCGACCAGCCACACCUCAACCACAGCAGCAGGUUGGACAACUUGGUCAGACCGGCUUCCCAGCCAUGUCUCAACCCAGUGUUAGCCAAACAGUGACCCCUUAUGGUCAGCCUUCAGUUACUGGCCCUAUCUCUCAACCCAGUGGGAGCCAAACAGUGACCCCUUAUGGUCAGCCUGUGUUUACAGGCCCCAUGUCUCAACCCAGUGGGAGCCAAACAGUGACCCCUUAUGGUCAGCCUGUGUUUACAGGCACCAUGUCUCAACCCAGUGUUAGCCAAACAGUGACCUCUUAUGGUCAGCCUGUGUUUACAGGCCCCAUGUAUCAACCCAGUGGGAGCCAAACAGUGACCCCUUAUGGUCAGCCAUCAGUUACUGUCCCCAUUUCUCAUCACAGUGGUAGUCAGGCAGUUACCCCUCAGAGUCAGCAUGCUUUCACUGGUACCAUCUCUGUUGGUUCUGCCAAACCAGAAGGACUUAACGAGCAACAAAGCCAGCAAGCUCAGAAUUAUCCACCUCAGCAACAGUGGCAACAGCAGCUCCACCAGCAACAACAGCAGAUCCCACAACAGCAAAUACUGCAGAACCAAAUGGUGCCACAACAACCACAACACCAGAGUUCUGUUAUUCCUAGUGGCAACCAAAUUUCAGGUCAUUUAGGGACAGGUAUGGCAUCCGUUCCUGGUGGUCAACAUGGGUCACCUUUUCAUUCACAAGGUCAAGGUCCAAUUCCUCAAUCUACAAAUAUGAUGCCUACCGCAGCACCAUUCCAGCAGAUGAGUUCGCAAAUCCCGCAAGAUAGCUAUCAAAAUCCCAAUGCAGCAAUGCAACAAAGGCCACAACAAAUUGCACCUGUACAGGCACAGGGUCCCACUGCUGGGAUACUACAAGGUCAAGGUCACAUGACCAGACCACCAGUCCCAAACUAUCAAGAUACAAACACAAACCGGCAAUUAACACAAGGGACGAUUCAGACAGGACAAGCAAUGUCAGUUCAGCAAGGGCCAUCAGGUCAAGCAAACAUGCACAUAGGUCAAGCGUUUCAACCCCAGGGUCCAGCUCAAGGUCAUGUCCAACAGGGUGGGCAUGGUCAAAUAGCACAAGGAAGUCAGGGUUAUGGGGUUCCAACAUCUGGUCAACUCACUGUUACUGGAGCAAGCACUUUCCAGCAGACAGUUCUGCCACCAAUGCCGGCUGUAAGCCAAGGUAACAUUCAGAUAGGGGCUCAAGGUCACAUUCAGCCCGUAUUUCAUAAUGCCCCUCAAGGACCAAUAGGUAAGGGUCAAGGAUAUCCCCAGGCCACUUACCAGGACACUUCUGGAAUUUCAAGGUCAUCAACGCCAUUGACCCAGUUCCAGCCGGCCCAACAGGCUUCAUUUCCCACCCAGCAGACCACAUUUAGAUCUACCCAGCCGGGGCAAACCUAUAAUAACUCUUAUCAAGCUCAACAGUAUGGACCAUUGGGCCAGGUUUCUCAGCAACCAAGCUCUGGGCCGCACCCGCUGCAACCCCAAUCUCAGGUUCCAGUCAGCUUUUCAACGAGUAUCAAUCAGCCUUUGCUGCAGCCACAAGUCCUUAGGACUGCAAGCCCAAGUCCUGCCCAAGGUCAAGGUCAAAUACAUCCUCCAGCACAGCAACCGCAAGUGACCUCAAGAGUUGAAGGUCAGUAUAACAGCCAAACAAGCUUUGGAGGCCCAAAUGUGGUGGACACAAGGACUGUUGUGCAGGUUGCAGGGCCUAGAAGCCUGCCAUCAGCUGUUUCUGCUGCUGUUACUAGGGUUACCAUGCCAACGGGGUCAAGGUCUGACAGCCCGGUAAUAGUCCACAGACAGAUGUCUCAGGUUGGUGCAUUUGUGAAUCAGCCAUCCAUGCCAAUUCCUCAGAUCCCUGUGGAUCGCAAGUUGGAUGGGGUCAAGAUCCCUGUGGAUCGCAAGCUGUCUACCGCAUCCUCUCUUGAUGAUAUCCUGUCAUCCAGUCCGGGAACGAGAGCACCUUCCAGUGAGGACGUCCUCGCUCCCAAGAUCAUGACAGCACAGGACCUUCAGCAGCAGAAAGAGGAUCAGAUGAAGGCGGCCAGCCAAGAGAUCCGACCCACUGACCCCUACAAGGGGCAGAGCAAGAGGCAGAAGUUUGUGGAGGAGGUCGAGAAACUGGCCAAGUUCAUAGAGGGGUUUGAGAAGCCUUCAUGCAGUGGACCCACCCCCCUGGACACGAUCUGGAAGGAUCUGAUGGAGGAACAGGAAAGGGCUUGUAAACAACAGAAGCUGGCCAUUGCCCGAUGUUACCCCAUGAAAAACAGGGACCAGGAUAUCAUGCCGUAUGACAACUCAAGAGUAUUGCUGACAACUCUUAAAGAUGACUACAUCAAUGCAAGCUGGGUGAAUGACCUGUCUCCUACGUGUCCCAAGUUCAUCGCGACCCAGGCCCCCCUGCCUGUGACCUUGACCGACUUCUGGCUCAUGGUGUGUGAACAAGGGGUGGAGGUCUUAGUGGCGCUGUCCUCUGACAUUGAAACUGGAAAGAAGUUUCCAGUCUACAUCCCGUUGGAGAAAGGGGAAACAGUUGAGCAUGGUCCAGUACAGCUGACCGUACAAAGUGUGAAACAGAAGUCCGGAUGGACUGAGCGCAUACUGCAUCUGAGGCAUCAUGAGACAAACACUGGUAGAACCUUGGUACACCUGCACUAUAACUGUUGGCCAGUAAGUGGUUUCCCAGAGAAGAAAUCACACCUUCUACAGUUCAUCACGGAGGUUCACAGCUUCUACCGGCAACAGCGCAGUCUCAUGAAACCAAUUGUGGUGCAUUGUGGGAAUGGUGUGGGAAGGACAGGCAUGUUCCAGCUGAUCUACGUUGGCAUGCAGGAGAUCAACCAAGGACAUGGCAUCCUGAACGUGCCCGAGGUGGCAGGCAAGAUGCUGUGGAAGAGACGACACCUGAUCCUCAAGCAGGAUCAACUCAAGUCCUGCUACGAAACCAUACUGUACUACGCCCAGGAUGUGUUAGCUAAAGAGGGAAUCCUCGUCAAUAAGGCCUCAUUUGGGGAUCAAUUACCCAAGCCGGGAACCAAAGUACAGGGGUGGGAACCAGGGGAGGAUAUUCUGUUUGGUUCCCUGUCCUUCACUAACUUGCAGAGCAAUGUAGCCAAGCUGGGCACCAGUAAACAUGAUUCAGCAAGUUUGGACCAGAAACUAGCAGCCUUGAAGAAUGGUUUUGAUGGCUCAUCAGAAAAUACCAGUUCUAAGAUGGAAGUUAAAGCUGUAGACCAGGGUGUUAGUGAAAAAAUUGAGGUGGAGCAAAUGAUAUCAAUGUUGCCUGAUGUUGUGCAAAAUCCUGGCCUUUCCUUGGAAAGAAAAAAUGAUAAAAAGGGGUCUAUAGAAGAGGAAAGUAAGAAGAUUAAGAGUGGUUUAGAAGACAGGACUAAAAACAUUAUGUCUGACCUAGAUUCCUUAGUUUUUGACCAAAAAAAAUCCAAGUCACCGUCGUUAAAAAGCGCAGAAUCUUUUGAUUCCAAAGGAUCGAAGCCAAGUUCAGUCACUGCCUCACCGGCUCAUGCCAGGCGUGACUUGUCACAUGGUUCUCCAAGCCGCGGCUUGUCCCAGAGUCCCAAACCAGAAAUCCUCUCAUCAUCUCUGACAGAACUUCAGGACCCCUCCAAAUUCUCCAUAGGAACCAACGAGGGUUCAAAACGGAAGAUUAAAAAAUCUGAUUUUACAGAUGAGAGGCGGCCGCCCCCUGAAAAGGAUCCAAAUGAUCCUUUUAGCUCCCUGGAUCCAUUUUGGAAAGCUUAAAAUAGGACCUUGCUAGAUAAGUUUCUUCUGAAAUGAAACUGCACUUUAUUCGUAUUUUCUGUUUGUUUCAAAUAAGUUGGCAUAUUUCUCAAUCAAUGGUUAUGAGAGAGAAAGAAAAUUGUUGUGAUUAUGUUACGUUGAACUUGUUCAAACACAAUGUUGUGUUAAAGUCACUUUGUUGUUGUUAUUAAUGCUGGUAACUUAUAUGUCAUGUGUCAUAGACAACCUAUUAAUAUGUGAUUAGUUCUUUAAUGCAAAACAGACAAGAAAUCACGGAUGAGAAUGCUCCACCUUGUCGCUGUUUUCUUUCUUUUGAGUUACUUAAAUCAUCACAAAAUCUUUAUCACUUCAAUGGAUCUGUUAAAGUCAAAAGAUGUAAAGGAGUAUGGUUGUUUCCUUCCCAGAUAUGUUUGCAAAAUUGACCUCUCGGCCUUAUAUUUCACAAUAUAUUUCCAGUUUGUGUAAAAUAUACACACAAAGUAUCUUUUCUACAACUUAUCCCAGUUAGGAUGUGUGGUAGCAAAAUAUUGACGAUGCUUAUUUAUUACUAAACAAAGUUUGCUGAUUAUUGUUAUUUUUGUGUACAAUAUCCAAGUAUACUGGUCGUGUACGUAAUUCCGGCCUGUACGUAAAAAAUCGGCCACCUGUGUUUAAUCAUUUUCAUGAUCUAAACACACAUGUUUUGAUUAUUUUUAGAACAAUCAACUUGAAAACCAACCCUACUCUCAAUAUUUUGCAAAUUAAAGAAGCAUAUCACUGUAAACGUCUGCAUUAAAAUGUCUCAAACAUAACACAAGAUAUUUCUCUCAUGGGAAAAGUGACGUCUUAGCCAAUGCAAAAAAUUAUUCUUAUAUAAGAAACAAAUAUAUUUGAUAAAAUUAUUAUUAUUUCUCUCUGAUAAACUUUUAUUAAGGUAUUUUUUAAUUAAUUGUAUAAAAACAUACAUUUAAAACAAAAAAAUCAGGACCUAAAUAUAAACUUUUAAUAUAUGAAUUACCUCCCUUGAUUUGAAUACUAAUAGUUUACAUGUUGUAGAAUUAAAUAUAAGCGUUUACUAAAAAUCGACACUAAAGUCAACUUUUUAAACAAAAUGUUUUUACUUUCUUAGCUAUGUUAGUAAAAAUUGAUUAAAACUAUUGAAAAUAAAUAUUUUUUAUGAAUUUGCAGUUCCCCAUUAACCGUGCAGGCCUGUUAAUAUUUAUUAAAAUAGGUAGGGGGAGUAACUGGUAUAAAAACGUCGCAUAUAUAUUAAGUUUCAAGUCAAAAAUUGUGUUUGUGUAAACCUUUACUAAUACUCUUAAAAUGAGGACAUUCGUCUAAAGAUAUUGCUUUGUAAUUGUACCUGCAGAUUAAACUGAAAAGUGGCCGAUUUUUUAGGUACAAUUGCCCUACGAAAAUUGAUAGUUUAUAUGUCAUUAAUUACUGUUCAUAAAAGUAACAUACACUGAUCUAAUUCUAUUGAAAUUUUCAUGCUAGGUGAGUUUUGAACCCAGGAUUAUAUAUGUGAAGUUUAGUUUCAACCAGUUGCCUAAAACAAAAGAUUUUGUUAAAAUAGUCCCAAAAGUGGCCGGAAUUACGUACCCGACCAGUAUGAUGUGUCUUUCCAACAGGAUAGCCCCCUGUUUAACCUUGACCAGACUGCCUUUCCAACAGGAUAGCCCCCUGUUUAACCUUGACCAGACUGCCUUUCCAACAGGAUAGCCCCCUGUUUAACCUUGACCAGACUGCCUUUCCAACAGGAUAGCCCCCUGUUUAACCUUGACCAGACUGCCUUUCCAACAGGAUAGCCCCCUGUUUAACCUUGACCAGACUGCCUUUCCAACAGGAUAGCCCCCUGUUUAACCUUGACCAGACUGCCUUUCCAACAGGAUAGCCCCCUGUUUAACCUUGACCAGACUGCCUUUCCAACAGGAUAGCCCCCUGUUUAACCUUGACCAGACUGCCUUUCCAACAGGAUAGCCCCCUGUUUAACCUUGACCAGACUGCCUUUCCAACAGGAUAGCCCCCUGUUUAACCUUGACCAGACUGCCUUUCCAACAGGAUAGCCCCCUGUUUAACCUUGACCAGACUGCCUUUCCAACAGGAUAGCCCCCUGUUUAACCUUGACCAGACUGCCUUUCCAACAGGAUAGCCCCCUGUUUAACCUUGACCAGACUGCCUUUCCAACAGGAUAGCCCCCUGUUUAACCUUGACCAGACUGCCUUUCCAACAGGAUAGCCCCCUGUUUAACCUUGACCAGACUGCCUUUCCAACAGGAUAGCCCCCUGUUUAACCUUGACCAGACUGCCUUUCCAACAGGAUAGCCCCCUGUUUAACCUUGACCAGACUGCCUUUCCAACAGGAUAGCCCCCUGUUUAACCUUGACCAGACUGCCUUUCCAACAGGAUAGCCCCCUGUUUAACCUUGACCAGACUGCUAGUGAACCAUGUUAUUUGCUCUUAAUAUUAUUACAUGUAUUUACAUUAAGUACUCACUUUUGGAGGAAAGAUGGUUUGCGGCCUAUGUUCCAGAUGGGACGACAGGCGAAGAUGAGAUGAUUUCACAUUUGUUGCUAUGUUGUACAUGUUAUGUGUACUGCAACAUGUUUUGUUAUCAUAUAUCAUGUAAUAAUAGUAUGUUUGUGGUGCGAUCAAAAGGAUAUGGUAAUUUAUAUCAAGGCACUAUACCUGGUUUUAUUUAUUUAUACAUGUAAUUGUAACUUUCACCCUAAAGUAGUUAUCAUGUAACCUAUAUUAUAUUGUCAGUGAAACAGGUCUGCACUUAUCAAAAUUGUAUUAACAAAUAAUAGCAUAUUACAAACAUAUUUUCCCACAAAUUGUUAUAUUUCCAUGCAAUUAAAAACAUAUGCUGUCCAUUGUCCAUACCAUAUAUUGAUUUAAAUCAUUUUAUCAUGUUAACAUUUGAAAUUAUCUCAAGUUGGAGACGAGUUCAAAGUCCUAGAGCGAGAAAAUAAGCACUCAAUUUUGUUGCUAAAGUUUGUAAUCCCUUGUCUUGCCUAACUGAUUGUAAAAUAUUAUAUGGCCGUGCAAUGUAUGUGUAAACACGACGUUUCUGAUUCUACUGUGAUGUGUUUAUGCCUAUUAUCGUGAUAAAUAUUGUUCACUA